AUGAAACUGAGCGUGGGGAUAUUUUUUGGAGGCUUCUUUGCAGCUCUGGGGGUUUUGCUUUUUUUGGUGGCAUUUGGAACAGAUUAUUGGCUUCUUGCUACAGAAAUAGGAACUUGCUCAGAAGCACCUCAAGGUGCUGGGGAAGAGAAGGCCACUUUCCAUCAUGAAGGUUUCUUCUGGAGGUGCUGGUUUAGUGGAAAUGUAGGAGAUAAUAAUGGCAGCAUGUGGAAGUUUUGGUAUACCAACCAGUCACCUUCUAAGAACUGUACACAUGCUUACCUGUCCCCAUUUCCUCUUCUCCGAGAUGAGCACAACUCCACCUCCUAUGACUCUGCAAUCAUUUAUCGAGGUUUCUGGACAGUUCUUAUGCUCCUGGGAGUACUCACUGUUGUGGUGGCUAGUUUCCUCAUCAUCUGUGCAGCUCCUUUUGCCAGUCACAUUUUAUACAAAGCAGGAGGAGGCUUUUUCAUCAUUGCUGGUGCCUUGUUUUCGCUGGUAGUCGUGAUGUAUGUCAUCUGGGUCCAGGCCAUGGCUGAUCUGGAAAACUACACAAACAUGAAAAAGAUGGAUUGCCCAGACUUUGCUGUUUAUGUACGUUAUGGCUGGUCGUUUAUGUUGGCUCCUAUAGGAGUAUUUUUUGCUUUAUUAGCAGGAAUGCUGUUCUUGUUGGUAGGGCGUUACAUUUAUUUACACUCAGACUAGUCAGACGCUGCUGAAGGGAAUACAGCAAUACUUGUGAAACUUUGUGACAACUGAAAACUGGAACACAAUUUUGUACAUUAUUACCAUUAUGGCCAUCUUAAAUGUGCAGGCAGACUUCUGGAAGUUCUUCUAUUACUUGUUGAAGGGUAAGGGACACAAAACUCAGUACAGGAAGAAACAACCUUUAGUCCCAACUAGUGGUUUUUAAUUCUUUAGAAAGUACACAAGUGGUUCUUCACAUUGUACUAUUAGCAGGAUUUUUGUAGGUUAAUAAACAGAAGAAAAAAUUUUUCUGCAAGGAAAA